GAUUCCCAAUCGACCUCGGGCAACUUCACACGCUUCUGAGCCACACAACCCACUGGCUACACCAGUGUUUGCUCAUACUGUCCAUCUAGUGUUCACGGUUGAAUCUUUUCAUGAAUAGAUUAGAAACUGGUAGGAGCCGUGGAUCGGGGGUGGCGCCAAGAUUGGCUAAGCCUCGUCAGGAACGCUCCUGCCAUCAUUACAGGUAGCUCCAACGCGACUCAGAACCUUCAACACCUUCUCCAUGGUCUCUUCUCUUACUCCAACGAGCACUCGUCGCGACCCCCUUUCUUCCAAGGUUUUGCUGCACCGCUGAGACCAUGCAAACCCAAGCGACGCCUCGCGUGACGCCAAGCGCUUCCAUCCCAUAUUCCGACGACGAUACAAGCUCCGAGAGUCAACCUCUUCUCGACUCUGACGACGACCAUGGGGAAGAUCAGAUUUCUAUCCGCCACAGCAUGCAAUGGGACCGACGCGUCGAGCCGUCCUUGGCGACUGUGCAACCACAAGCCUGGCAAGGCGUGGCGGCCUUUCGCCAGCAAUUCAUUCGACAGAUCUUGGGUCUCAAUCCAUUCAAAACCUCGUACUUCACACUCUACAGAUCACUGAGUGAUACUGAAUCGAGAAUCAUUCUUGCGCUAGGCAUUCUGCUGGCCGUGACUGCGGGCGUUCCACUUCCUCUCAUUGGUGUUAUUUUUGGCAAGAUUAUCAACAACUUUCCGCCCACACAAGAUGAGUUGAGGAGUCUAUUGUCCCGUCUCAUGGCGGUGGCAGUUGGCUACUUUGUCGUUACUUGGGGAUGGGCUGUCUGCUGGGCUGUAAUUGGUGAACGCGUUAGCCGGAGAACUCGAGAGAACCUCCUUUACCGGGCCCUGGGCAUGGACAUGACAUACUUUGACACUAUUUCGCCCGACAUGUCGAGCGUUCUUACCGAGAAGACGCAAACCAUCCAACUUGGUACCUCGGAGAAAGUCGGUUUGUUCAUCGCUUCAAUAAGCUAUUUUAUAUCAGCUUUUACGGUGGGCUUCGUACUCAAUCCAAGGCUCACUGCUGUCAUGUUUGUAACUGUAAUACCAUCGAUGGCCUGUGUAGUAUAUUUCGGAACCAAGUCAAUCUCUAAAUUCUCCCGACAGGCUACAGUGUACACUGAGAAAGCUGCUUCUGUUGCAGAGAGUGCUAUUAGGGCAGUUCAGAUCGUCCAAGCCUUCGGGCUGUUUAAGCAGCUCAGCGAAGAGCAUGUUAGCCAUCUACGAUCCGCGUUGCGGGUUGGAAUCAAGAAAAGCAUUGCUGGGGCUCUCAUGCUUGGCUCGGUCUAUUUCAUUGCAUACGCGACGAACGCACUUGCGUUUUGGUACGGAGAUCACCUACGGAAUGGCAGCGCUGAAGCAGGCACCAUAUAUGCCGUUGUUUUCCUCAUUCUGGACGCGUCUUUCGUGGUUGGUUCAUUUGGACCUUUCAUUCAGACUUUCGCAAUGGCUGCAGCUGCUAACGAAACCAUUCUGGGAAUCUUAGAUCACCCACCAACCGAUAUCGACGUCUACUCAACCAAAGGAAAGCUUGUCGAUCAAUCAUACUUCCAAAGGGAGAUCGUGUUUUCAGAGGUUUCUUUUGUUUACCCUGCUCGACCCACUGUUCGAAUUCUCGACAAUCUUAACUUAAAAAUCGCGCCUGGGCAAGUAACGGGCCUUGUUGGCCCAUCCGGCUCCGGAAAAUCAACCAUUUCCUUGCUGCUCCUGCGACUUUACGACCCUACAUAUGGCACGAUUUCGCUCGGUCAUGAUCCACUGAAGGUUUUCAACGUCCACAGUCUACGUUCUCACAUUGCGCUUGUCACACAAAAUCCAGUGCUCUUUACUGGAACUAUCCUCGACAAUAUUAAGCACGGUUUGCCAUAUGGUGACCAACUAUCCGAAGAAGAGGUCCUCGCAAGAUGCGAGGCAGCGGCUGCAGAAGCUCACUGUGAAUUCUUGGGCCGCCUCCCUGAUGGAAUCUAUACCAAAGUUGGCUCAGGGCCUGAUUCCCAGCUCUCCGGGGGACAGAAGCAGCGUAUUACGCUUGCACGUGCCUUAGUCGGGAAUCCGUCUCUACUCCUAUUAGACGAGUUUACCAGUGCCAUGGACGGUACGAGCGAGGCUAUAGUACUAGAGAACCUGAGGCGUUCUUCGGCAGCUACUGGCCGAACAACGAUCAUAAUCGCCCACCGUCUUGCAACUGUGAAAGAUGCCGACCGCAUUAUCGUGAUGAAAGACGGGGUUGUUGUAGAGGAAGGAGGUCACGAACCCCUUAUCAAAGCCAACGGUGUUUAUGCGGAACUUAUAAGAGCCCAACAAUUUGACAAAAAGCGACAGCCGUCUGCUGCAUCCUCUAUACGGUCUCGCCUAUACAAGGAAAACGAUUCUACCGAGAGCCACAAGACCGAGUCCCAGACUGGAGAGAGUUCACCAGCAAGCAGCGAGCAAAAGAGCGCCAUGGAGUUGAUAUCGAGAACGGUAGCCAUGAGUCGGCAUGAGACACCGGCUAUUGUCAUUGGUCUUUUCUCUUCGAUCCUUAGCGGAGGCGUUAUUAUCGGAGAGGCACUCAUAUUCGGAAACCUCGUCGAACUUUUAAACAAUACGACGAAAUCUGGCCAGCUCACAUUACGUGUGUCGUUUUUCUGUCUGAUGUUCUUCGUACUCGCUAUCAUUGCCCUAUUGUCUCACUGCUGCGGCAAGACAGCUUUUGGUAUUGUCUCAGAGAAUCUAGCUUUGCGUGUUCGAGAUAUCUCAUUUCGCACGAUCCUUCAACAGGAUAUAGCUUGGUUCUCUAAACCCGGACAUUCACAUCACGCUCUCAUGUCACGGCUCAAUAUGGACAGCGGCAGUAUCAGUGGACUCUCUGGCGUCAUACUCGGCACUAUAUUCUCUAUUACAACCUCUGUCCUUGGCGGCAUAAUUUUGGCUCACAUAGUAGCCUGGAAGAUCGCCAUAGUGUUACUAGCAGCCGUUCCGGUCAUGCUCGUUGCGGGUUUCCUGCGCCUCCGCAUCCUAGCUAUAGCGGAAGAACACCACCAGACAGCGUACAACGACGCGGCAGCUCUAGCCUCUGAGGCUACAUCUUCUAUGCAGAUCGUUGCAUCCUUUGGACUGGAAUCUUACUUUCUCGAAAGGUACCGUGAAGCGAUCCGCCAACCCUAUGAGGAACACUUCAAAUUUAGCGUACUUGGCAACAUUUUAUUCGCCUUUUCCCUCUCAGUAACGUAUUUUGUGUACUCCCUAGCAUACUGGUGGGGUUCUAGACAAGUUCGGAAUGGGUCUUACAGUCAACGAGACUUCUUCAUCGUUUUGCCUGCCCUCCUCUUCUCCGCUCAAGCAGCUGGCCAACUGUUUAGCUUAGCGCCGGAGGUGACUAGAGCGAAGGCUGCUGCAGAAAGCGUUUUCUCUUUACACGAUGAGAAGCCAACGAUAAUCACGGAAUCUCCAGACCCGAGUGCCGCGCCCCCAACGAAUGGGGACGCCUUGCUUCCAAACGCCUCAGCCUCUUAUGGAACCUUCGGUAUAAGAGGCGAGCUCGAAUUCCGCGGAGUCAGUCUCUACUAUGAAAGUCGGCCGGAGCUUCCUGCACUGAAUAACGUUUCCUUUCUCAUAAGGCAGGGUGAAUACGUGGCCUUUGUUGGCCGUUCGGGAGCAGGAAAGUCUAGUACCAUUCACUUGAUCGAGAGAUUUUUCGAUCCUACCCUAGGACAGGUGUUUUUGGAUGGUCAAGAUAUACGCAAAGAGGCCGUAGGGAAUCACCGGGCUCGCUUAGCGCUUGUGGAGCAAGAGCCCGAUCUCUUCCCUGGGACGGUCAAGUUCAACAUUGGCCUCGGUAGCCGGCCAGGAGCCCAUGUUAGCAUCGAAGACAUCAUGCGAGUUGCAAAGGAAUGUGAAUUGCACGAUUUCAUCAUGAGUCUCCCUGAGGGUUAUGACACCGAAGUUGGCGCACAUGGUUCGAAGCUUUCGGGAGGCCAACGACAGCGGCUUGCCAUUGCGAGAGCACUCAUACGAGACCCAGAGAUACUGCUUCUUGACGAGGCCACCUCUCAACUUGACGCAAACACAGAACAAUCGAUUCGCAGAGCCAUAGCAGCUGCGUCGAAAGGUCGAACUACAAUCAUGAUCGCACAUCGAUUGGCGAGUGUACAACAUGCGGAUCGUAUCUUUGUAUUCGACGCUGGCCGGGUAGUGGCACAAGGGAACCACGAUGAGCUUGUAGCCAUGGGCGGUAUAUAUGCCGCUAUGGUCGCUGCACAAGAGCUGGAUUGAAACGUUGAUUUAACACGCCGACUUAGAGGGUACUUGAAGACUUAUUUAGAUUUUAGUUAGGGAGGUUUAGAGUUCGUUGGGCCCACGCAGCCUCCGGCCUGCUGUUCAUUUUAGGCAUCUGUAUAGAAGAGGCUCACUUGAGUGUGUCAUUCAUAAUAUCUCCUCCUUCAUCUGGAAGGAGGUUCCGGUAUCCAGCUUCCUUCAUGGCCCUUAGCGAAGCUAAGCGGUGGGGUUCUAUUUAUUGAUCUCGCACUCGGCCUGGCUACAUGCAUCGCAUUAACGUCCAGCUUUUAGUGAGAUUAUUUUCCCUGUCAUAUACCUCUGCGAAACACACCGUACUGCCGAUUAUAUUCUAAUGAAAUUGAUGCUGGACUGG